AUGUCAAGACGCAGCAGCCGUUUGCAAGCCAAGCAGCAGCAACCACUGUUAUGCCAAGAAGAGUCUCCACAAGAACUGCAGGCAUCAGAACAUCUCCAGACAAGAAAAAGGAGAACAGCAGAGGAGAUUAAGAAGAGAGAAGAUGGGAAAAUGGCUAAAAAGCAUCAAUAUGAGAUUAAGAGUUGUUGGCCGCCCACGAUAACAGGAGGCAUCUCACCUUGCAUAAUUAUUGAAACGCCUCACAAAGAAUCAGUAACCACUGACUUCUCAAGAUUCAAAAAAUACAGGUUCAGAAACCUCUUCAUAAACCCAUCACCUUUGCCAGAACUCAACUGGGGAAAUUCCAAAGAUGUCUGGCUCAACAUCCUGAAGAAGGAGAACAGAUAUACUCACUGCAAACACUUCACAUCGCUGCAUCCUAGUUUGCAACCUCACAUGAGAUCAAUACUCUUAGACUGGCUCUUAGAGGUAUGUGAGGUGUAUGCACUCCACAGGGAAACCUUUUACCUAGCUCAAGACUUUUUUGAUAGAUUCAUGUUGACACAAAAGAAUGUUAACAAGAGCAUGCUUCAGCUCAUAGGAAUUACCUCAUUAUUCAUUGCCUCCAAACUUGAGGAAAUCUAUGCUCCUAAAAUACAGGAAUUUGCCUACGUCACUGAUGGUGCUUGCAGUGAAGAUGAUAUUGUAAGAAUGGAACUUAUUAUGUUAAAGGCUUUAAAAUGGGAACUGUGUCCAGUGACAAUCGUCUCUUGGCUGAACCUCUAUCUUCAAGUGGAUGCUCUGAAGGAUGUUCCAAAAGUGCUGCUACCUCAGUAUUCUCAGGAAAAAUUCAUUCAGAUAGCACAGCUCUUAGACCUGUGCAUUCUGGAUGUGAAUUCCUUGGACUUCCAGUACAGAACACUAGCUGCUGCAGCACUCUGCCACUAUACCUCAACUGAAGUAGUUAAGAAAGCUUCUGGCUUAGAUUGGGACAGCAUUUCAGAGUGUGUAGAAUGGAUGGUUCCCUUUGUGAACGUGGCCAAAAAAGUCUCAGUGAAGCUGAAGAACUUCAAGAAGGUUGCUGUAGAAGAUCGACACAAUAUCCAAACACACACCAAUUACUUGGACAUGCUGGAAGAAGUUAACAGUGGAGUAGCAUCUACUGCCCCAGGUCAGUUAUCGCCUGUGUCAACAGGAGGGAUAAUCACACCUCCCAAAAGUACAGAGAAGAAAUGAAAUACGGACAAACAUCACAAACUGUUUCAGAAACAGAACUUGGUGCUUCAGAACAAGGCUGUAAAGGAGACUUGUGCUCUUUACUGCUGUUGAAGACUUGAGCAGUACAAGAUGCAGCAAACAGAGCAGCUAGAUGGAAACUGAGACCAAUAUCCUCCUACAGACUUGAUUAAAGAUUUUAGACCAAGCAUUCCUCC